AAACUGGAUCAAACACGGAAGUCUUCCCUGCUGUCUGCUGCAGGUGAGUCGACAGGAUGCCCAGGUAUCAGGAGGUGGAGUCGGCCCAGGCCCCGCCCCCUGGUGGCGGUGGCGUCCUGGUUGCUAAGCGAUACAGCAUCCUGCAGGCUCUGGGCCGGGGGAGCUUUGGUUCAGUUUAUCUGGUUCAGGACACCAAAGCUUCAGACGGAGAGCAGCUGAAGGUGCUGAAGCAGGUCCCGGUAGGUGACCUGCGUCCUGACGAGACAGUUAGAGCGGUGCAGGAGGCCCAGCUGCUGUCCAGCCUGCAGCACCCGGCCAUCCUCUCCUUCCACCUCUCCUUCCUGGAGGGAGACGCCUUCUGCAUCCUCACUGAGUUCUGCCAGGACGGGGACCUGGACUGUAGGCUGGAGGAGGUGCGUCGGGGUGGGCGGAGCCUCCCUGAGGAGCAGGUCGUUGAUUGGCUGAUCCAGCUGCUGCUCGGCCUCCACUACAUGCACCAGAGGAGAAUCCUCCACAGAGACCUGAAGGCCAAGAACGUGUUCCUGAAGAGGAACCUGGUGAAGAUAGGUGACCUGGGCGUGUCCUGCCUCCUGAUUGGAUCAUGUGACCUGGCCUCCACCUUCACAGGGACGCCGUUCUACAUGAGCCCCGAAAUACUGAAACAGCAGAGAUACGACUACAAGUCUGAUAUCUGGGCUCUGGGCUGCCUCCUCUACCAGAUGUGUUCCCUGAGUCAUGCCUUCCAGGCUCCCAGCUUCCUGUCUGUGGUGAAGAGGAUCGUGGAGGGAACGGCGCCCACGCUGCCCCGCAGAUACUCCCAGGAGCUGGACGCUGUCCUGCAGAGGAUGCUGCAGAAAGAACCAGCCAGCAGAGCGUCGGCUGCAGAACUCCUCAAGACCCAGUUCAUGGAGCGCAACAUGAAGGAGAUGAAGGAGCGCUUCACCUCGUCAGGAGGAGAGAAGGAGGCUCAACUCCUCGCCAAGAACAUGCAGACGAAGGUUCACCUGCAGACGCUGAUGGAGAGGUCAGAGGUCGACAAGAUGACGCCACGAGAGAGAAUGAGGCUCCGCAAACUGGAAGCUGCUGACGAGAAGGCAAAGAGACUCAGGAAAGUGGUGGAGGAGAAAUACGAGGAGCUCCACAGGAGAGACGUGAGGAGGAGACAGGAGCAGGAGAGCAGAGAGGGCGGAGCCUGUCAGCCUCAGCCAAUCCAGAAGCAGCAGGACGGCGAGGCGUCAGAGGAGCUGCAUGACAUCCCAGAGGAUCCUCAGGCUGCAGAUGUUUAUUACAACCAGGACGGAUUUGAUUCAUGUUCAGAGGACGAAGAGACACUUUACCUGUCGGAUCCUCAGAUCAACGACCUGGAGGCCAUGAUGAAGCACAUGCAGAAAGUUCUGGACGAGGAGCUGAGCGCAGGAGAGCCGGAGCAGCCCGAGGCCCCCGAGGCCCCGCGGGGCCCCCAGGGGCCCCCGGUGAUCAACAGCAGCCUGCUGCAGACCAGGAUCCAGCUGCUGAGAGAGUCCGUCUGCAGCCGUCUGGGCCCGGACGUCUUCCAGCAGCUGUAUGAGGAGCUGAAGGAGGUGCGGCGGCGUGACGGCGACGCCGCGGAGACGCUGAAGAACUGGGAGGACAAACCUGAGGAGGGCUUCCAGGUGGACCAGCUGCUGUUCUACGAGGAGGAGCUGCAGAGAGUGAGACAGCUGCAGGAGGACAGACAGGCUCCUGUCUGACAGCAGAGACACAGGGACGUUUGGUACCAGAUCAGUGUUGGUGCCCCGUGUGAGGCCAAAGGUCAGCACGUGAUUCUGACAUCUCUUAACUUCCUGCAUCAGGUUUUUACUGAACUAUGUCACUUCCU